UUUCAUAUACACAUCAGCCUCUCCAGAGAGGCCAGAGACAAGCAAGCUAGGUGCUAGCUUUGCAGCACCACUACUCUUUCUCCACCAGCUCCGGCGAUCCCCUUGACCGACCUCGCUCUGCACAUUUUUCAAGGAGCUAGCUUCGUUUCCUUCCAGCCGUCGAGCUCUUGAUCGUGGCUGCGCUGAAUGGACUUCGACAUGCUGAAUUCCCACCCGGAGGCGCAGCUGGAGCUGAUGAACGCAAUGCUCCAGCUGGAGCAGCUCACGGCGUUCCCUGACCACCACGGCGCCAUGAUGAUGGUGCCCUCGACUCCCCCGUCGCCGCCAUGCAUGCAGCAGCAGCAGCAGCAAGCUCAUCACCACCUCUCCUCCUCGGUGCCUCAUCACAUGUCCGCGGGCGGCGCCAACGGCCGCACCACCUACCACGACCACCACCAGUACUCCUCCGCUGUCACGUCGUCCCACGCGUCGUGCAACGGCAGCGCCCGCUCGGAGUACGCGGCGCAGGACUACCCUGGCUACGGCGGCGCCGGCGCCGGCGAGGGCAACGGCGGCGGGGACGGGGCCACCGCCGUGGGGUCGUCGGCGAUGCGGGAGAUGAUCUUCCGCGUGGCGGCGCUGCAGCCGGUGAACAUCGACCCGGAGAUGGUGCGCCCCCCGAAGCGGCGCAACGUGCGCAUCUCCACUGACCCGCAGAGCGUGGCGGCGCGGAUGCGGCGGGAGCGCAUCAGCGAGCGCAUCCGCAUCCUGCAGCGGCUCGUCCCGGGCGGCACCAAGAUGGACACCGCGUCCAUGCUGGACGAGGCCAUCCACUACGUCAAGUUCCUCAAGACGCAGGUGCAGUCCCUCGAGCGCGCCGCCGCCGCCAGCGGCCGCCGCCCGGCGGACGACGGCGGCGGCGCGCCCUACCCUGACCGCAUCAGCGGCCAGUGGUAGAUCAAUCGCUCGCGCGCGGCCACCCUCCGGCUGACGCACCGGCCGGCAUGCAUGGCCAUGUUGUGGUGAAUCAUUAAUCGCCGUCGGACCUGGAGCUUUGCACGUACGCACGUACUCCGACGAGCACUUCCCCGUCGGCAGCACGUGUACGAUCAUAUGUUGUGUAAAUUAAGAUGCACCUGGCUAGACGCCUUACAUUUUUACUACUAGUACCUAGAGAUAUUUUUUUUUACUGCCCUUUGCAUGCUUGCGACUAUACUCUCGCAGCACAUGCACACAUGUAAUAGCUUGUACAUUGCACGCAUCUCAUGUUGUGAACGUGUUAAUUUCCA